UUUACUAGCCCGCGAUGAGAAGCAAUACAAUGUUUGCUAUCUGGCCAGUCUGGAAUUACUGUCAAUUAAGCUGCUCUGUGCAAGAGACAUUAAAGAGUAUCUCUUGUUCCAUACUGGGGUUUACAUUUUGUCUACAGCUAUGAAGCUUUUUCAGUCUUUCUAACAAGAGCUAACAGGAAAACAAUAGUACAUCGCCCAGCAGAUUCAGACAGCAGGAAGACAACUUUGCCAAAAAAUAAAUCUUGUCCAAACAUAUGUGUAGCAAUGAAUCUGGAUGUACCUCCAAAAGAAAACAGAAGAACUAUUCCUGCUAAUGCCUAUCAUUUUAACAAAGAUUUAACAAUGAAGGGCAAGAGUGACUUACAAUCAUCCUCCAAGGUAUCUGAGGAGGAAGAAGGUGAUUAUGAGACUGUAAGUUCUUCCACUCUGGAGGCCAUCCAUGCUUUGAGAAUCCUUCCUGCCAAACCUCUACAAGAAUCCGAAUAUGCAGAUAAACGUUGCCUAAGGCCUUCAAGUACCACUUCCCCAAUGAACAGCCAGCACACAUCUCAGCCCCCUCAAUAUUCAGCUAAGCACACAUCUGUUCUGGAGGGGCGAAGCGUGCCAAGUGUUAGAGGAGAAAGAAUGAAAAUAGUUGGACCCCAGCACCCUGUGCCUCCCCCACGGCCUCUGAAGACACUGCCAAAGCAGUAUCAGCCACUUCCUCCAGCGCCGCAGAUAAGCAGCCAGUUCUUUCAUACAAGGAAAACGCUCAGCCAAGCUCACACCUUUCCAAUAUCAGCAAAAGUCACAAGACAUAUAUCUGUUAAGGAACUAAACAAAGCACCUGGAAGAGAACAAGUUACAGAUUUGGGGGAGAAACCUGAAGCAUCUUUUCAAGCACAACAGUAUAAACCAAAGCAUCAUCCUGAAGCCAGCCUUCAAUAUACACGGAGCUCUAAAAUGGUUUGCAGCUCAGGGUCCAUGUUAAAUGUGGAGAAUUUGUCAGUGAAGAGGUCAACACCUCCUACACCAUAUGCAGCAUUCAAAAAUAAAUCAAAACAUUCACUUGUAAAACAGGAAAUGCAAUCUCUUACCCAACCCACUGAAAAGGAUUUAAACAAAUAUGAAUGGUACAUUGGAGAAUAUGAUCGCCAUGAAGCAGAGAAGGCACUGUUACAGGAAAACACUGAUGAGACAUUCUUGGUUAGAGAUUGUUCAAAGAAAUCAAAUGCUGAGCCAUACGUUUUGGUUGUCUAUUACGGAAGAAAAGUAUACAACAUUAAAGUACGUUUUCUGGAAGACAGCCAACAAUAUGCACUGGGAACAGGGCUCAGAGGAGAUGAUGAACAGGCUUGGAGGAUGUCAUUGUUUUGAACACCAGAGAACAAGACUAAAACCCUGGUGAGACCCUUCUUGUUCCAUACUUUAAAGGGAUUUUGUAGCAACUUUCUCAGUGAAUGGAAUGGGAAAAUAAAAGCUACAUUUAAAAAGGUACAAAGAAACUCACAGUGUAAAGUAUUAUGUACUACUAAUUAAGUGUAACUUUUGACAGGGUAAAGUUAGUAAUGAUUUACAGUUGCUUCAUCUUUUCAAAAUCUAUCAUCACAUCUGCCAGCACAAACUUUUACAGGUGAUACUGCAUUCUCAGGGCUUAGACAUGCUCCCCUUUUGCCCUAAGCAGUCAACUGCUUUCUCCUACACAAGACAGGGACACAUAAAGGAAAUAAGAU